GGAAGUAGUCGCUGUUUGCCGAAGUAGCUUGCAGUGCGGCGCUGGCGUCUACGUUGAUGCUGAGGAAAGCUAAGCGGAGCAGCCGGGGAAGCAUCUCUACUCGGGGGCCGGCGGGGCUACCUCUGCCUCGGCUUCGGCCCUUGCCUCGUCGUCUCUACAGUCUUUUACGAAGAUGGUGGACACCACGACGGAGACGCCGGGGAAAAGCAGACGAAGCCGGCGCCGCCGGCGGCGACGGAAUAAAAACAAGCGAACGAAGAACAAGGAAACUGCGCCUCCGUUUCUCCCGCCAGAGGCAGAAGAAGGAAACAUAGAGUACAAGUUGAAGCUGGUGAACCCCACGCAGCAACGCUUCGAGCACUUGGCCACGCAGCUCAAAUGGCGGCUGCAGGAGGGCCGCGGCGAGGCCGUCUACCGGAUCGGCGUGGAGGACAACGGGCUGCCGGUGGGCCUGGGCCGGGCCGACAUGGCCGCCUCCCUUAGAACUUUGCGCAAGAUGGCCGACAAGGUGGGCGCCGACAUUACGCUGCUUCGCGAGCGGCAGGUGGACGCCGACGGGAGCGCGCGGCGUAUCGCCGAGGUGCUGGUGCGGAAGGUGCCGGACGAUCGACAGUUCCUGGACCUGCGCGUGGCCGUGCUGGGCAACGCCGACUCGGGCAAGUCGACGCUGCUGGGCGUGCUGACGCAGGGCGAGCUGGACAACGGGCGAGGACGAGCGCGCCUCAACCUCUUUAGGCACCUCCACGAGAUUCAGACCGGCCGCACUUCCAGCAUCAGCUUGGAGAUACUGGGCUUCGACAGUCGAGGACAAGUAGUGAACUACAGCGAGUCGCGCAGCGCCGAAGAGAUCUGCGAGAGCUCCUCGAAGAUGAUCACCUUCAUGGACCUGGCGGGACACCACAAGUACCUGAAGACCACCGUCUUCGGACUCACCAGCCACCGACCGGAUUUUGCCAUGCUGGUGGUCGGCGCCAACACCGGCAUCGCUGGUACCGCCAGGGAGCACCUGGGCCUGGCCACAGCGCUGAAAGUUCCCAUCUUCAUCGCGGUCAGCAAAGUGGACGUGUGUUCCCGCGGGGGCUUGGAGCGCACGCUGCGCCAGCUGGAGCGACUCCUCAAGCAGCCGGGUUGCGACAAGGUCCCCUUUGUGGUCCGCUCGCCCGACGACGCCGUCGCUGGAGCGCAGCAGUUCGCCAAAUCCGCCAAUGCCUGCGUGACGCCCAUCUUCACCUUGUCCAGCGUGUCGGGCCGAGGUCUGGAGCUCCUCAAGAUCUUUUUGAAUGUUCUUCCUCCUCUCAGCAACAGCAAAGAACAAGAAGAACUCAUGCAGCAGCUCACAGAGUUUCAGGUGGACGAGAUCUACUCCGUUCCUGACGUUGGGACGGUGGUGGGCGGGACUUUGUACAGCGGGGUUUGCCGCGAAGGCGAGCGUCUGGUGGUAGGCCCCACGGAGCAGGGCGCCUUCCUGCGCGUCAAGGUGGCAUCCAUCCACAGGAACCGCUCCGCAUGCAGGCUGCUGCGAGCUGGACAGGCGGCCACGCUGGCGCUGGGCGACCUGGACAGGACGCUGCUGCGUAAGGGCAUGGUGAUGGUGAGUCCCAAGAUGAAGCCCAUCGUAUGCCGGCGCUUCGAGGCAGCCGUGGUCCUCCUCUUCCACGCUGGGAGCUUCCGCCGCGGCUCGCAGGUGACUGCGCACGUGGGCAACGUCAGGCAGACGGCCGUCGUCCAAAGAGUGCAUGGGAAGGAGGAGCUGCGGACCGGCGAGCGAGCUACGGUGACGUUCUGCUUCCUCAAGCAUCCCGAGUAUCUCCGCACCGGCGCCAAACUUCUCUUCAGAGAGGGCGUCACCAAGGGUAUCGGACACGUCACGCGCCUCCUUCAGGCUGCGGAGCACGACCACUAGCGGCGGAAGCUGCUAAACGCAGAGGCGGAAAUUCCAAAGCCCAAAUCAUCCCGACCGCAGGAAAGCAAAUUCGACAAACUCCGACCGACUGAGCGAAAAAUCACAAGUGGUCAAAAAUGACACCGUCGCUUUCGGGAACUAGCUAUUCCGUGCUGUGCAAUAUGUACUUUCCAACCAUUGGUCGCCCCAGUCGAGAUGGCCGCGGGCUAUGCAUGCCGCCCUAAAAAACAAAAGGACUUUGUCCAAUCGUUUUGGCAUCCCGUCAUCCUUCUGCUGUUUCAAUUUCAAUCAAUGGCAGACGUCCGAUCAGUUUGGAGCUGCACGGUGCCGGGCAAUGAACGUUGGCCGCCAUUCUUCGCUUCAAACGAGUGGGACGUCUAGCGCCGUCAGUGGCAGUCACUGGGUGCAUAACAGGUGCUUUGACAUGGAUCAAAUCAUCUCUGUUGAGGUAUAAUCUAGUUAUGACUCAAUUUGAAUGUCGGACGAGAUCGUCACCCCCUAUCAAUAUGUCAGCAAAUUGAAAUGAGAUUAACUCCGGUUGACCCUCAAUCCAUUUAAAGCGGGAGGUCGGCAGCAAUGUUUGUUCCUCAUUCAUUCCGUCAUUUGUCCGUCACUGUUAUUGCUACUGUUGUUGCUCGUUAUGACCGGAUUUGAAUGUCCCUGCUAUCGAAAGCGAUGGGAACGUGAGGACACUGUGGGAGGGGCCAUGAAAGCUCUUUUCCAUUUGGAGCGGCAGGGUGACGGCAGAAUAAAAUUUUAAGAGAUGUAAAACAAAGGAUUGCACUUUCAAAAGAGCAUUAAAUGCCAACAAAAAAUUCCCGAGUGUUUCUUCAAACGAUGCAGGAUUGCACUUUUGAAACUAAAUUAAAAUACCUGAGCUUAGCCUCAAAUGGUAUU